GGCCUGAACUAGGAACCGGAUGUGUUUUGUUGCUCCGGCAAAACGCUGGAGAGAUGGCCACCGGGACAGACCAAGCGGUGGGAUUUGGCCUCGUCGCCGUUAGCUUGAUCAUCUUCACCUACUACACCACUUGGGUGAUUCUUUUGCCAUUCAUUGACAGCCAGCAUGUCAUCCACAAGUACUUCCUGCCCCGCGCCUACGCUGUCCUCCUCCCAUUGGCCGCAGGCCUCCUGCUGCUCCUGUUUGUGGGAUUGUUCAUCACCUAUGUGAUGCUGAAGAGCCAGAAGCUGACCAAGAAGGCUCAGUGAAGGUCCAGUGGGGAUGAAACUGCAGGAGUCUUCUCCAUAUCUCCUCUAGGGAAGGGACCAAGGGUCACAGCCUACAAGACAGUCAAGCUGGCUGCACUGAAGCCCUCUUUGGGACAUGAGGCUGCUUACGACAAACUGGAGCCCUGUCUUGGUCAUCCUUUUAGAAGCCAAGAGGAAGAUGGGUUGGGAAACCUCUCCCUCACUUCCUUUGGGCUCCGGGGUCCUGUCCACAGUCAAAGCUCCCUGUCCCUUCUACAGAGUUCUAUUCUCUCACCUCUGUUGCUCCUGCUGUGCUGAUAGACUGAGCAGGUUCUAGAAUAUGUACAGCCUUCCCGCCUCUGUACAAACCUGUCCCUUCACAAGGCAGCUCUUCCGAAUCUGACACUUCCCAGGCUCCAUGAGGACUUCUGGACCCAGAAAGCCCUGGGGAAAGACUGACAAACUCCAGGACCACAGGGACACGUCCAGGCAGCCACACUGGACCCCAGCUGGCCUGUUUGGGAAAACUUACAAAUAAAUGUUAAUCGUGUUGGU